GAAUCCCCUCGCGCCGCACGUGUCUCGGGAAGGGGAGGCCAGACGCCAACGCGGAAUGUCACCUGGAGACAACGGUGGCGGCUGUUGGGGCGUUUGUGUGUGUUUGGGGGAAAAGAGGCGCUGAGGUGUGGAUGCCGGACGCAAGGGCAGCAGCCGAAGCGUCGGGGCGAUGAAGGCGGAACGAGGAGUAGGAGGGGGUGGGGGUGGGGAUGCUAUAAAAAUAACUCAACGAGGCACAUGCAUAACGUCCCAGUCUGAGUAAAGGGGCGAGGUGGGGCGCACGGCGAUGGGAAGCGUCCGGCGCUAGGGGCAGCGACGGCUCGGCUCUUUUGCAAAGGGACGGGGAGACGGAGUGAUGCCGUUAUCCUCCCACCCCGCCCCGCCUGGUCCACAUCUAGCAUCUCCCCUAAGGACGGGCGGAGGAAAGGGACGAAGUUCUGCUGCCCAACUUUGCAUCGCUGGCAUGGGCGUCCGGUGAGCGUGACUCUCAGCAUGCCAGUCAAUGGGAGCGGGCCCUUGAAUGGCUCAGGGCCGAGGGACCAGCUCACCUUGGACAAGCCCCCUUGGGUGGCUUCCACCUUGGCCGUCAUCCUUAUCUUCACCAUCGUGGUGGACCUGCUGGGCAACUUGCUGGUGAUCCUGUCCGUGUAUAGGAACAAGAAGCUGAGGAACGCUGGAAAUGUUUUUGUAGUCAACUUAGCUAUCGCCGAUCUGAUCGUAGCUAUCUACCCAUAUCCUCUGAUCUUGACAUCUGUCUUUCAUAAUGGCUGGAACCUUGGAUAUAUACACUGCCAGCUCAGUGGAUUUCUUAUGGGCCUGAGUGUGAUUGGAUCUAUUUUCAACAUUACAGGCAUUGCUAUUAAUCGAUAUUGCUACAUCUGCCACAGCCUCAAGUACAACAAGUUGUACAGUGAAAAGAAUUCUGUCUGCUAUGUUGUUCUAAUCUGGACUUUGACUUUUGUUGCUAUUGUGCCAAACUUUUUUGUUGGAUCCCUUCAGUAUGAUGCUAGGAUUUAUUCAUGUACUUUCUCUCAGUCAGUAAGUUCCACAUACACCGUAGCAGUGGUCUUUUUUCAUUUCAUUCUUCCAAUAACCAUAGUAACAUUUUGUUACCUGAGAAUAUGGAUCCUCGUUAUCCAGGUACGGAGAAGAGUUAAACCUGACUACAAACCUAAGUUAAAGCCACAUGAUUUCCGGAACUUUAUCACCAUGUUUGUAGUCUUUGUACUGUUUGCAGUCUGCUGGGCUCCAUUGAAUUUCAUCGGCCUUGCAGUGGCUGUCAGUCCAGAAAUGAUAAUUUCCAAGAUUCCAGAGUGGCUGUUUGUUUCCAGCUACUACAUGGCAUACUUCAAUAGUUGCCUUAAUGCUAUCAUUUAUGGACUUCUAAAUCAGAACUUCCGUCGAGAAUACAAACGAAUACUUAGGACACUUUGUACAAGAAAAGUUUUCUUCCAGGACAGUUCUAAUGAUGCUCCAGAAAGGAUAAAAAGCAAGCGCUCACCCCUGCUCACAGAAAACAAUUUAGUGAGGGUUGGGUCAGUAUGAGGGGAGAAAUCUAGUUACUAACAAUUACUAAAUAUUAUGUUACAUGACACCCAAGUAUUAAAUUCACGUACUAGCCUUGUUCUUCAACUUCUGUUACAAUACAUGGAAACUUACAUGUAUAUAUUGUAUGCAUUUAGAUAAGAUUAUAUGUAUAACAUUUUGGAACCAAGCUAAUAAUUACAUAUUCUAUUAUCACAUUAUGUAUAAUGUUACACACAGCAGGCAUGAUUUCAACAAAGAUACUUGAAAACCAUUGGCAAUAGUUAAGAAAAUAUGUCAGUUACACUUGACAUUGAUUAGAUAAUUUCCAGUAAUUCAGUGACAUCACAAAUGUACAUUGCACUCCUACACAAGUCUUUUCUAAUGUAAGAUCACUGAAUUCAUAAAGGCUUGUAGUUGGGUACAUGAAGGUAUAGAAUUGUAGUUUUGGGUUAUUAACAGAAUUAUAAAAUAAUUCCCUGUAAAUUACUUGUGUAAUUUAGAUUAGCCCAAAAAAUGGAUUAAAACUAAUCAGCUCAUUACUUUGAUUUCCUAUGCUUAUCACAGCUUCUUCCAACAUUCAGCAGCCUCUUCCAUUGCUAGCUAUCCUAGAAGAGAUUCUGUCAGUACACACAGUUUUAAAAAAUGAGAUUGUGAGACUUAGUUGCUUCUUUGCCUCAACCAAAGGAACAUUAUAAUUAUAUGGCUCCAAAUCUAUUUCUGUUGCCAAUAAUUUGGAAGCACAUCUUAGAACCAGAAAAGCUUUUGAUAUGAAGCCUCCUUUGAUCUGCCUAAGACAAACUACAAGAUCAUUUCCCUUUUUGCUUUUUUGGACAUCAGACCUGGAUGAGGUCUUGAAAGGCUGGAAAGGGAAAAUUUGUUUUCUUUAUGUUCAGAAGGGGCAGGGUAUCUUUAACUUAAAGUUGCAAUAAUAUGUCCAUUUUAUUCUGGAUAAUAAAAUAUUUUAUUAAAAUUGUGAAAUAAAAUAUUGGCACAUUAAAAAAACAAGCAUUAGUCCUUAAUUUAUAUUUUGAAAGAAUUUUAUUAAAAUUAAUAGCACAUAAUGAUUUGGUGCUUUAAGGUUAAUUCACUUGCAUUAAUUAUAAAGUUACCUGAUACAUUUGCAGUAUAUUAGUGGUUAACAAACUUUAAUUGUACUAGUAAUUUUAAUGACUCUUAUACACUGAUUUAUAUAAUAAGAUUUUUAGUUCUCUGAUUUUUUUAGAAAAAACUUUAAAUUUAUGAAUAUAAUUGAUCAAAUGGGAUCUUCUAAAAUGAGUUCAUGAUUAAUUAUAACUCUUGGUAUUUUAAAAAUAGAACAUAAUCAUUUUUCAAGAAGAAAUUCUGUUUUCAUAGAAUCAAUUUUAGUUAAAUUGUAAUAUCCAUUACAUCGUAAAUUUAUUAAUUGUUCCCUUUAAAGUAUAACAAAAAAUAUAAAAUCCAAGAAUCCAAGAAUCCCUAAUAAACAUUAGGGUCCAAGGCUUUGUAGAAACAAAAUGUAUAUCAAUCAGAAAUAAUUUUUCUAAUAAAUAAUUUUUAAAAUAAGAACAUGAACAAAUUUGAAUGGGCAGACAUAAUUUGCCUAUAAUAUUCUUUAAAAUAAUCUUAGUAAUACCUGAUUUUUCACAAUCAUAUGAACAUUUGUUGGAUUAGCAGUAGCCAAGAAUCAUUAUACAAGUUUUUAGAUAUUAGAAACAGACAUGAUAAAACCAGUUGUUAACAAAAUAAUUUGUUUUCUCUAAAUAACCCUUGAAAUAAAAGUGGAUUGAAAUAAUAGGUUAUAUAUUAUCCCAUUAAUAAAGUCUAUAUAAAUCUGUCCAUGAACACUUGAUACUCCAUGAAUAUUUCUUCAUGAAUACUUUACUUGAGGAACAAAUGCAACCAGGUUGUUACAGUAUAUGAGCUUUUUAUUAGCAUCUGAUUAACCUGCAGAAAAUUGGAAUAAAUGAGCAUGUUAUCAGAUUUAGCAAGUCUCUCUUUAUAUUCCUUGUUUCAAUAAUUCACAAUUCUUACUUUAUUCUAUCCUGGUAAAUUUUAAAAUCUGACAGAUCUAGCAGAAUAUUUCUGUUGUCAAAACCUACUGUCUCUUGUGUAGCAGUAACUACUACCAUAUAACAUUCAUGUGGAGCCAACCAACUUAAUGAAGGAGAAAUAAGGUUCACCAUACAACUAUUUAAGCAGAAGAGUUGUGUUGUUAGAAACUUCUGAAGUUAAUCUGAUGCUGCCAUUGAGAGCAUGCCACCAAUUUAAAACGUGGGUAUGCAUUGAUACCUGCUCAGAUAUUUUCAUAGGCUACUCCCCAAAAUAGUAUAUCGUUAGCUAAGGGAUCUGUACUUUAUUCCAUGUAAAAUUCUUCUAUUUAAAAUUACUUGUGUUGUGACAUCUGCAAAUUUGACUAAGUGACCAGAAUUUCAGUACUGUUAUGAUGCAGAUUGGCUAGUGGUAACAAAUGAUGACAAAGAAAUUUAAAAAUACAAGAAGUGUCAUUGCUGUGUAGAAUGAAAAUGAAAAAGAAUUAUCAUUAAUUAUACAAAAUCAAAAUAGGAAAGAGAUGAGGUCAGAGAAAGGCGACUACAAAAGUACCUUUCCCAGGUUCUCUUUAGGCCUGGGACUAACUAUACCGAGUUAGCACUCUGGUAUAUCCCUAAAGCUAAUGUGAGAUAUCACUGAAGGAAAUAAUCCAUCCCCUUUUCUCAGGAUUUAGCUCACUCACAAGAUGUGGUUUUUUUAAAAAAAAAAUUGUUAGGGAUUUUGACAGUUAUUCUGACACUAAGGCUUGUUUUAGAUGAUCUUAGAGUUUUCAUGUUUCUCACUUUCAUGUGAGAAACUUCCAUGGUGUAAAACUACAGUCGGCUUUCAGCAAUCACUGUCAAAGCCUUGCAAAAUAAAAAUGACUUGGCAUGUCUCCAUCCAUUGCUUGGUAGAUGGUGAAUUGUGUGGUGAAAUGCACCAUUAUAACAUAAUAGAUGAAAUUGGCCUUGGUAGCUAUGCUGGACAGGAGACGAGUAAAAUAUAAGGGGAAUCAGGCGGUAGAGUAGUAGAAUUUUGUAACAAGAGCUGGUUAGCCCCUCUCAAAAUCAGCUAUGGAUGUUGUUUUAAGUCAAGUAUGCUGGAUAUCAAAGAAAUAAAUCUUCCUCUGCUUGUAUAUAAUUAGAGACAAAAAAAAAGAAUCAUGCUAUGCAUUAAGCCCAAAGUAUGUAAUUCCAGGAGAAGCAGAUUCCAGAUGAAAAGAGGAAAAAAGGGGAGAUUCAUAAUAAUUUGACCCUAAGAUGUAAUUUUUAUUUCAGAAUUUUAUAAGUUUCGUAGUCUGGAAGAAAUUUUUUUUAAACCACUUGUGGGACAGAAUUAAUUAGUCAUCUGAAGAAGUAAGUUUGAAACAGAUCAUUAGCUUAUUGUGAGAGGCUACAAUUUAGCAGAUCCUGUGAAACUAGGAAUUCAGUAACAAGAUAAAUACUGGCAAGUCAGAAAGAACAAUAAUCUUUAAAACAGCAGUCACAAUCACAGACUGCAGCUGUGUGAACAAAUCAGAGAGUGACUUGUUAGACAAAUGAUCAUCUUCUGCAUGAAUUAUACUGAGACCAUAAAUGUGAAACAAAAUAUUUCCAUAAAAAUAAAUCACAUCACUUAUCUAAAAGACAUCAUUUAUCUAAAACAAAUCACUUACCUACAAAACUUUCUGAUGGCAUAAAUUUAUUUUAAGUUAAAAAUAAUUCAGAAAUAAAGUGUUAACAAUUGGCAAAAAAAACUUAUAACCACAACUCAACCCAAAAUUUAUGUUGUUCAGUGAGAAAUUUGUUAAGUGAGUUUUGCUCCAUUUUAUGACUUUUCUUGUUAUGUUUGUUAAGUGAUCACUGCAGUUGUUAAAUUAGUCACACGGCUGUUAAGUGAAUCUGGCUUCCCUAUUGACUUUGCUUGUCAGAAGGUUGUAAAAGGGGAUCACAUGACCCGGGAACACUGCAACUGUCAUAAAUGUGAGUUAGUUGCCAAGCAUUCAAAUGUAAAUUGUAAUCAUGGGGAUGCUGCAGUGAUCUUAAGUGUAAAAAACUGUCAUAAGUCAUUUUUUUCAGUUUAAAGUUGUAACUUCGAACAGUCACUAAAUGAACUGUUGUAAGUGAAGACUGUCUGUGUAUUUUGAAUGCUAUGUAGAUCAGGGGUGGGCAACUGUGGCCCUUUUACAACCUGUGGACUUAAAUUCCCAGAAUUCCUGAGACAGCCAAGCUGAUGUAGAUGAAUGAAUAGCACAAAACUGCCCUAUCUGAAAGUAUCUAAAAUAGGAAUUAAAAUAAGGUGUAAAGAUGCUAUCAAAUUGCAGCUCAGAAAAGAGUUAUUGCUUUUCUAAUUCAGAUUUAAAUUCAAUUUCCAGAAACCAAUGGGAAUUGUAGCUGGGUAAAAAGGGAGUACCACGGAUCUUGAACAAAGAAUUGUCCAUAAGCCAUGAAAAUAUAAAUUUUUACCUUAGUUGUAAUACAUAUAUACCCAUAAGUUUCUACUAUUUUGAACAUCUCAAUAAUGCUGAAAGCAAUGUAGUAACAAACACAUUCAUAUUCAUGAAUAAGUAAAAAUUUACUGGGAUUGUAAAUAUUUAUUUGCCUGCAGUGAAUCUCUCAUCAUUAAACAGUAACAGAAUAAAUAUCUACCAUAUCUCUAUCUACUUAUUUGUCUACCUUUGCAUCUGUCUGGGAAUAUCAGCAGCAACUUCCAAGUAUUAGACAAUGUGAUUAAAUUGCUUCUAUUUUUAUUCAAAUGAACAAAUUGAUCCAAAUUCCCAAAAGCUUUAUGAUAAAGUCCACAUUUAGAAUUAGAUAUAGGAGGGGGGGGGAUCAUCCUACAUAAUUUUUGUAUACAAAUUGACCAAAUUCAUAUCCUUCAUAGUUAAAAAGAUGAUUCUGAAUAUGUAUAUGAUGAAAGGCUGCACGUUUAAAAAAUAUCAAGACAAUUUGUAAUUUUCUUCCCUGCAUGCAAAACCCCCCCGUUAUGCUAAGGAACAAUCUACACAAAAAUAUGAAUAUAAAAACCAAAUACAUAUUGGAAAAAGAGCACAUAAAUGUAUAUUUGUGGCAAAAAGUACAUGAAGGUGUAUUUUCAUGUCAACUUUUCUUUUGUAAACCGCUGUGAAGAUGGGCUCAGAUUAAAGCUGCAACUGAGAGA